CUAGCAGUCGUCCAGAAAUAAGACUCCAUUAUAAAAAGACAGCGCUCCUGCUACACUGUUCGGUGAUUAUUGAUCAUCUUUGUCCAUCGCAUAUUUCCAGGAAACCUUCAGGAAUUAAGGCUAUGCACAACAGCAAAGAGAUGGAUGAAAAAGUACUGGAUGACAUCUCCACCACAGGCUUAUUCAAAUAUAAGGGCACAUACUUUGAUACAAAGUACACUACACCUGAAAUCAUUGACUCUGUAGAACACAUCAAUGUAAGAGACGAUGAUAUUUUUCUUGUCACUUAUCCAAAGUCAGGAACUAUUUGGACCCAACAAAUUAUCUUUCUGAUACUUCAGGAAAGUAAAGGAAAUGUAACAGAUGGCACGGAUGAUAUUGCUGGAGGUCUUGGGCUUGAAUAUAACGUAUACGAUGUUGACUUUGAGAGUUGUCCUUCUCCUCGUCUCUUCUUAUCACAUCUGCCAUAUUACCUAAUGCCAAAAGGGUUGAAAGAAAAUAAAGGAGGAAAGGUCAUCUAUGUGUCUAAAAAUCCAAAAGAUAAUGUGGUAUCAUCCUAUCAUGUCCAAGAACUUCAGGAGUCACUGAAUGAUCUUCAAAUGACUUGGGGACACUUCUUUGAACAGUUUAUGGCAGGAGAAGCACCAGCAGGCCUGUGGUUUGAUCACAUUAGAGGUUGGUACUGCCAUAAGGAGGAAUUUAAUAUCCUAUUUUUAACUUAUGAAGAGAUGAUACAGGACCCAAAAUCAGCAGUGUUAAAAAUGUGUGACUUUUUGGAAAUAAAGCUUGAUAAUCAAGCAGUAAACAGAAUUGUGGAAAAAGCAACAUUUAAGAAUAUGAAGAGUGACCUACUUGAUAAAUAUAAACUGAUGUUAAAUGGUAUUGUAGGACAAAGUAAAGGAUCAUUUCUUCACAAAGGUACUAUUGGGGACUGGAAAAAUAUCAUGACUGUGGCACAAAGUGAGAAGAUUGAUAAAGCUGUGAAAGAGAAGUUAGAAGAUCUGCCACUCAAAUUUAUCUGGGACAUUGAUGAAGAAAUGAAACCUUUUCCCUUCUUGUCUGGAGAUCAAUUACAACUUGACAUCUUUUAUCUACUGUUAACCAUUUAG